GCGCAGUACAAUAAAACUCGCGCAGAGACGAACGCUAGCAUAGCGUUUAGCCGAAGUGAAUUGGGAGAAGCGCUCGUGACUGUUUUUUUUUUCUAUUAUUGUUAUUUAAUUCCUACCCCCACACACAAAUUAAGCACAAUUUAACUGAAGGAUGAAUAAAUCAGGUUUUAAACCAGGCGUUAGUGCAGAAGGACCUGAUAAAGUGGACAUGUCUCUGGAUGACAUUAUUCGGUUAAAUAAGAAGCAAAAUCAGGUCCAGGGCCAGAAGGUGGCGCCGAGGAAGCAGAGGCCCGGCGUUACAGGACGGUUAGCGGCAGGCAGACGAGCGGGAGCGCCACCGCACUGGGGAGCAGGUGUGAAUAAGCCGUUCAGACGACGUGCACAGGGGGUCAUCACCGGCCUCGCGGCGAGAAGAGCCGCCCUGCUGAAGGGAGUCAGUCCGUUAAACCGACCUGCACUGAACCGAGCCAACCUGAACAAACACGCGGCUAGCCGAGCUCCUACCAAACGCCCCGUCCUCUCCCAGAGAACACGCCCGUUUGUCUCGCAGCGCAGACACCCUCUCGCUCAGACGCAGAGACGACCGUACGCAGACGUCCACCGAACCCCGGGACACGUCUUUACCAACAGACCCUUCAGGCUGCACAGGAAAUGGAACGGUCCUCCAGUGAACGAGCCGCAGAGGGAGGCCCGGCAGGCCACGUUCCUCUCCAGAAGAGGCCUAAAGGUGGUCAUGUGCGUUAGUGUCGCGUUCGGCCCGAGGCCUCGUUUCCAUCAGGGAAGUAGAAACUAUUCAAAGGUCCGUGCUCAGGUGCAGAAGACAUCGCCGGUCCAAACAGCUCCGAGAACGCAGAGGAGCAGACCGUGGCGCACUCCUCUGAACAACAGCGGCAUCCUCACGGUGUCGAUCGAUAACCCCGGGGCCAGAACUCAGCCCGAACCCGCCCACUCGUGGUCGCUCCACCCACCCACGGUGACUUCACCCACUCAGGACACUCAGGCCCCAGAGCCUGAGAGAAAAACGCCGAAGGGAGUAGCGCUGCAGUUCGACAUCAACAGCGUAGGAAAGCAGACGGUCAUGACCCUUAACGAGCGCUUCCACAUCCUGAAGAUGAAGCGAAUGGCGGCGGCGCAGCAGAACGCCAGAGGUGGCCGCUUCGUCACCGUGGGCUGACGCCCGCCUCGGAGAGAGCCAAUCACAAGCGCCCGCUGAGGUCACGUGACUCCUCAGCGCCUUUUGAUUCGGACAGACGGACAGCUUUAUUUUUUCUCCUCCGACACUGUUUAAACAGACUUUCCUGCUCUGGAGAGACUGUUUUUGUUUUUCCUUCUCAAGGUCGGUGUUCUGUAUGUCACCGUUCUCAGUGACGUUUUUUUUUUUUUUCUUCUUUCCAUUCCGAAGCCUUGCGUUUUUUUGCGUGUUCGUGUCUAAUAUUUUCACGUUAACAAAGUUUUAUGACCAGAAGGUUCUUUUUUUUCUUAUCUUUUUUCUUUUGUUGAACAAAAGUUGGUUGUUUUUAAAAGUUUUUUUUUUUUUUUUUAUAUAUAUUUCAAGAAAAAAUAAACACGUUGCGAUUU